AGUCGCGCGGGAUUUCGACGUUUCGAGUUUUGUUUCGCAUAUCUGCUGCGCUGUUGGAUUUGUGCUACGGUAUUUGUGCUGCGCCUCGCGAUGUCCUACCACGAUCGAACGAAGCUCCUUCUUCUCAAGAAGCUCAUUCUUUUGCGGAUGCUGAAAGAACGCAGGGAGAGAGACCGCUACACUGAGAGCGAGGAUUCCACGUCGGACGAGGGUUCCAGCGAAGAAGUUAACAACGCAGCCUCAAGCGAUACCAACAGGCACUCGAGCAAGGUGGAAGCCCUACGCAAAGGAUACGAAGAGCAGAUCGCCUCUAUGAAAGCAAACAUGGAGGCAGCGCAACAUAAGCUGAACGAGAAGGAUCAAGAAUUGUCCAGGCUACGAAGCCGUUGUGGUGUGCUGACAUGGCUGCUGGAGCAGAACAGAGGCAUUGGAGGGACAGCCGAUUCUCUGGAUCGGGAGGGCAGCAACCCAUCCACCGAAUUCGUCUCGCAGAUGCAGCUCGACAACCCGUGCUCCCUGGCCGACGAUCCGGACAAGGCGAGCAUGAUGGAACCUACAGUUUGGCCACCACAGCAGGCACCCUCUGCCUUAGAGCUCCAAAACCAACUCACGUCCAAGGAGCAGGAGGUUUCUCGGCUGCAACGGAUGAUACUGGCCAUGUCGGAUCUGUUUAGCACCCAUCCUCCUACCAGACUGCCGAUAGACAAGGUGUCCGUUCUAUCGUGCGAGGCCAGAGAUGUGGUCUUGCUCAGCUUUCAUCCGGGUCGCCAGAGCUAUAUGGUCUUCCAUCUUGGAUAUGUGCUGCACUUCCCGCAUUCAGAGUGCCUCGAGACAUUGGGCCUCCAAACGGCCCCUGGAGCCGUCCGCAAGAACUGGGUGCUGGCUGAAGUGCUAGAGAAAACAUACUGCAAGGCAUGCGAGCAAUCGCAGAAGCAGUACCGGAUACGUGCUGGCACAUGGUUCUACAGCGUCAGAUGCAAGCUUUGGGACAAGGAAGCUGCCAAGAGGAGACUGUCAACCACAGCCUUCGCUGCGCGAUCUCAUUGACGGUGCGUCGCCGCCCUCCGAAGAUUCUUGGACAGCGGGAAGUUCCAGCGCAUCCAGUAA